AUGUCGCAUGACUGCUGCCUCCAGCUGCCAGCGGUGACCUGGGUGCUGCUGCUGGGCAUGACAGCCUUUGCCAUGGAGUGCCCCAAGAUCAACGUGGGGACGUGCAGGGACUGCAUCCAGUCCGGUCCCGGCUGCGCCUGGUGCAAGAAGCCGAAUUUCACCAAAGCUGGUGAGCCAGACUCCGUCCGCUGCGACACCAUCGAGCAGCUGCAGCAGAGGGGAUGCCCUCACAAUGAGAUUGAGUUUCCAGUCAACAACAUUACAAGGAUACAGGACAGUCCCUUAAGCAAUGACAUACAGCUGACUCCCCAGGAGGUGCACCUGAAACUGAGGAUAGGCCAGCCUGCUGUAUUUGAGGUGAAGUUUCGCCGCGCCAUGGGGUACCCCAUUGAUCUCUACUACCUCAUGGACCUCUCCUACUCCAUGCUGGAUGACCUGGAGAAGGUGAAGAAGCUGGGAGGGGAGCUGCUCAGAGCGCUGGAGAGCACCACCCCUUCUCGCCGCAUAGGGUUUGGCUCCUUCGUGGACAAGACGGUGCUGCCCUUUGUGAACACACACCCCGAGAAGCUACGAAACCCCUGCCCCAACAAGGAUGAGCAAUGCCAGCCUCCCUUCGCCUUCAAGCACAUCCUCUCGCUGACCGACAAUGCCCAGAAGUUUGAGAGCGAAGUGGGGAAGCAGUUUAUCUCGGGGAACCUGGAUGCCCCAGAAGGGGGGCUGGAUGCCAUGAUGCAGGCAGCGGUGUGUGGGGACUUGAUCGGUUGGCGCAAUGUGACCCGCUUGCUGGUGUAUGCUACCGAUGAUGGCUUCCACUUUGCUGGUGAUGGCAAGCUUGGGGCCAUCCUGACCCCCAAUGACGGCCAGUGCCACUUGGAGGACAACAUGUACAAAAAGAGCAACGAGUUUGACUACCCGUCUGUAGGCCAGCUGGUCGAGAAACUCGCUGAAAACAACAUUCAGCCCAUUUUUGCUGUCACCAGUAAGGUGGUGGAUGUUUACAAGAAACUCAGUGAGAUGAUCCCAAAGUCAGCGGUGGGAGAGCUGAAUGAGGACUCCAGCAACAUAAUUGAACUCAUCCAGGAGGCCUACAACAACCUCUCCUCACGGAUCAUCCUGGACCACUCCACCCUGCCAGACGUCCUGGAUGUCAAAUAUGACUCCAUAUGCAGUAAGGGUGAGAACAUCUCAGAUGAAGUGAGAGGGCAGUGCGAUAACGUCAAGAUCAAUGAUGAGGUCAUCUUCAAAGUGAAGAUCACGGCCAAAGAGUGCAUCAAAAGCCAGUCCUUCACCAUCCGGCCGUUGGGCUUCAAAGACACCCUCACCGUCCACCUGGACAGCAACUGCGACUGCCACUGCAAUGAGCAGCCCGACCCAAGCGCCUGCAGUGGGAACGGCACCAUCGUCUGUGGGAUCUGCAGCUGCAAUCCGGGCUACAUAGGGAAGAACUGCGAGUGCGAAACCAAAGGCAAGACCAGCAAGGAGCUGGAGGGCAGCUGCCGGAAGGACAAUGGCUCACUCAUCUGCUCAGGGUUGGGGGACUGUGUGUGCGGGCAGUGCUUCUGCCACACCAGUGACGUGCCUGACAAGAAGAUCUAUGGCACCUACUGCGAGUGCGACAACAUGAACUGCGAGUUUCACAAUGGCUUACUCUGCGGCGGAAAAGAGCGCGGGAGUUGCGACUGCGGGGAGUGCAAGUGCACAGCUGACUACCAGGGCAGCGCCUGCCAGUGCAAGAAGUCGACGAAGAACUGCUUGAACAUCCGCAACAACGAGUGCAGCCUCCGGGGGACCUGCCACUGCAACCGCUGCCAGUGCUGGGGGGGAUACCAGCCCCCCUUCUGCUUGGAGUGCCCUGGCUGCCCCUCGCCCUGUGGCAAAUAUGUUUCCUGCGUGGAGUGCAAGGCCUUCGAGAGUGGCCCCUUUGCGAAGAACUGCUCCCAGGCCUGCCCCAACAUCCAUGUGGCCGAGGAGCUGGUGGGGACGAGCAGGCAGUGCAAGGAGAAAGACUCCCAGAACUGCUGGAUGUCCUUCCGCAUGGUCCAGGAGGAUGGCAUGGACAUAUAUACGGUUGCCGUCGAUUCUGAAAAAGAGUGUCCCGAGCCUCCUAACAUUGCGCUGAUUGUGGGUAGCACUGUUGCUGGCGUGGCCCUCAUCGGCCUGGUGCUCCUGCUGAUCUGGCGGCUCUUGACGGAGUUGUUUGACCGCCGGGAAUACCGCCGCUUCGAGAAGGAGAAGUCCAAAGCCAAGUGGAACGAUGCUGAUAACCCUCUCUUCAAGAGUGCCACCACCACGGUCGUCAACCCCAGGUUUGAUGGGCAAUGA